AUGCGACCAUCGCUCGGUGGCUGUGAUUGUCGUUUCUAUCAGCCGUGGGCCGUGGCUGAGGUGUGGCAGGCAGGCACGCAUCCACGCAAGUCUUCAUCUUCUUUUCUGAGCCGUCGGAUGAAGGCGAGAUUAAACGGUGGAUGCAGCAGCUUCUGCCAUCCUCCACCUCCCUCCGCUUUGUGCCUCAGGUGGGGGGAGACGUGGGGGCGCGCAUGCAAGCAGCCUUCCAGCACGUGGUGGGCCUGGGAUACCAACGGUGCCACUGCUACUGCCGUUCCCUCUCUCCCCGCCAUUGUGUGCCGCUCGUGUCUCUGUCCCCCACACCCCACCAUGGCAGGUGGUGGUGAUCGGAUCAAAUCGCACAUCCCCGAUGUGCAUGGCGCUAUUGUCGCUUCGCUGCUGCUCUUUCUCUUCCCCAUGGCUUGGCCGCUCGUCUUGUUGCCUCGUGCCCCCCACACGCAUCCAUCCAUGGCAGGUGGUGGUGAUUGGAUCAAAUGGGCAAUCCUGAUGUGCGCCCCACUGCAUGCCGCUUGUCUCCCAGCGCCCCACUGCAUGCCGCUUGUCUCCCAGCGCCCCACUGCAUGCCGCUUGUCUCCCUGCGCCCCACUGCAUGCCGCUUGUCUCCCUGCGCCCCACUGCAUGCCGCUUGUCUCCCAGCGCCCCACUGCAUGCCGCUUGUCUCCCUGCGCCCCACUGCAUGCCGCUUGUCUCCCUGCGCCCCACUGCAUGCCGCUUGUCUCCCUGCCUGCCUUCACGCUCCAUCCAUGGCAGGCGGUGGUUAUCAGAUCAGACAUCCCUGAUGUAGAUGGUGCCACUGCAGCUGCUGCCUUCUCUGCUCUCAGCCACCAUCAGGUGGUGUUUGGCCCGGCUAUGGAUGGCGGAUACUACCUCCUUGGGCUCACCUCGGUGCUGCCGUGCCUCUUCAAUGCCAUAGACUGGAGCACAGACAGGGUGCUGCAACAGUCACUCUUUGCACUCCACACUGUCGGGGUGGCUGACGUGGCGCCACUGGAUUCGCUGCCGCGCCUGAGGGACAUUGACACUGUUCACGACCUGACAGCCUGGCUCGCAGAGAAGCGAGUGGCGGCGGGCGGCGAAGGGGCUUAUAAGGCAGACACUACGGUGCUGAGUGGUUCUGGAGUUCAUGAGAAGAAUGGGAAUGAGGAGGAUUCAUUGAGGGCAGUGCAUGUGGAUGUACCCCUAACAACUGAUUAUACUCUUGGCUGCGUGCAUGGAGCCAGUGUUGGCGGAAUGGAAGACAUCGAGACGCAGCAGCAGCAGGCGGGCAACAAGUUCAACAAGAAGCAAUCUAAGAACAAGGACAGCGGCAAGAACAAGGACAGCGGCAAGAACAAGGACAGCGGCAAGAACAAGGACAGCGGCAAGAACAAGGACAGCGGCAAGAACAAGGACAAAAGCUACUUUCCAGCGUUUCUGCAAACUGCAAGCAACAACAAUGCUGGUCUCGUCGUGCACGAUCUCACCGAGAUGAAAGUGCAGCGUGGCAUGAAGACGAUCAUCGCGACCGAGUCGCGCGAUGCCGCGAUCCGCGAGUGUCGUCGCAAGGUCGAGAAGAUCUCGCGCGAGUGCCGCAUGGACAACGUCAAGUACCGGGACCCGCACUUCGACCUCGCGAAUAUGCCCAAUUUCUGUCUCAAGGGGCUGAAACGGGUUCACGAGGGCGAGGACGAUGGGCCGGCCGCAGCGAAACGCGUCGGCGAUCUCUACGAUGAGCCGCUUUUCAUUGUCGACGGCAUCCGCGCCGAAGAUAUCAAGCAGGGCGGCGCGGGCGAUUGCUGGUUCCUCGCGGCGGUGGCGACGAUCGCGAACAUGCCCAAGCUGCUCGAGUCGAUCUGCGUCGCGCGCGAUGAGCAAGUCGGGGUCUACGGGUUCAUCUUCUUCCGCGACGGCGAGUGGAUCUCCGAGGUCAUCGACGACCAGCUCUUCGUGACGCACCCAGACUACGCCGACGCCGACGACGACAUGAAAAGCGUGUUCCCGACCGAGAAGGACUACGUCAAAGCCGUCCAGCGCGGCUCCAACGCACUCCAUUUCGGAAAAUGCGUCGAUUCGAACGAGACCUGGCUGCCCCUGCUCGAGAAGGCGUACGCCAAGGCGCACGGCGAUUACUCCGCCAUCGAUGGCGGGUUCACGGGCGAAGGGGUCGAGGAUUUGACCGGUGGCGUCACGUCCGAGAUCAUUACGCGCGACAUCCUGGAUAAAGAGCGCUUCUGGAAGGACGAGCUAAUGAAAGUGAACAAGGAACUGCUUUUCGCGUGCGCGAUCUCUGGCGUGAACGCGGUCAAGGUGAACGGGCUCAUCACAAGCCACGCCUACUCUGUGCUCCAGGCCGUCGAGAUCAAGGGGACGCGACUCGUGCACGUGCGGAACCCGUGGGGCCAGUCCGAGUGGACGGGUCUAUGGGCCGAUGGCUCGCCCGAGUGGACGGCCGAGUGGAUGACCGCGCUGAACCAUCGGUUCGGGGACGAUGGCGCGUUCUGGAUGAGCUAUGACGAUUUCCUGGCCACGUUCACGCAGCUCGACCGCACGCGCAUCUUCACGCCCGAGUGGACCAUGGCGCAGGCCUGGACCCAGGUCGAAGCGCUCUGGCCGGCCAAGUUUGCGGGGCAGGAAUUCCAGCUCACACUGAGCAAGGACUCGCCGGUCGUGAUCGUGCUGCAGCAGGUGGAUGCGCGGUAUUUCGCGGGGCUUGAGGGGAAAUACGACUUUCAGCUGCAUUUCCGCGUGCGUAGCGAGGGCGAGAGUGAUUACUAUGCGCGCUCGAAGCAGACACUGGUGAUGAACCGGUCGGUGAAUAAGGAAGUGUUCCUGGAGGCCGGCACGUGGCGUGUGAGUGUCAAAGUCUCCCGCGAGCCGACUGCUCGGCCGACGCGGCAGGACUGCGUGAAGACGUUCGAGAGAGUUCAGUCAAGGAAAUUCCACACUGUCGCGCGGAAUUUCGUCUACGCGCAUGCCAAGGCCGUGGAUACGACGCAGUGGGAGGAGAUUGACGAGGAGAUUGACGAGGAGGUGGAGGACGAGGAGCCCGAGACGGAGGAGCAGGCGGAUGAAGAGGAGGGAUCAGAGGAGGAGGAAGAAGAGGAGGACGACGACGCCUUGGAUGCGGUGGCAGUGGUUGGUGUGCGUGUGUACGCCACGGACCCGAAGCUCAAGGUCGAGUGUGCGCCCGUGGAGGACGUGCUGCUGGGCUUGGACCCGGAUGACUCGGCCGUCAUGGCGUAA